CUAUAACAAGUGCUACUGAACCAAAACAAACGAUUUCAAGGUCGCGCAGCAGCCAGCUGAUUCAGUGCUGGCCAUUGUGCAUCGCCAGCUGCGAGAAGACAGCGUCUGCUCCAGAAAAAUGACAUCUCCGAAACAAGUGCUGAAGAGCGUGGGCCCGAAGCUGGUGCCGUUCUUCAAGACGGUGGCCAUCUACUUCGUGCUGUUCAUCCCGGUGGAGCGGCCGUCGUGGGCGGCCACGCUCGUCAAGUGCCUGCCCAUCGUCUGCCUCAUCGGCUUCGUCCUGCUGCACGGAAUCAGCCUCGGCGAUGAGUACACGUUCUCCCGGCGCAUCCUGACGGGGCUGGCGUUCUCCUGCCUGGGGGACGCACUGCUGGUGUGGCCCCACUACUUCCUGCACGGCAUGGCAGCCUUCGGCGUGGCGCAGCUCAUGUACACUGCCGCGUUCGGCUUCAAGCCACUCAACGUCCAGCUGGGCGCUGCUCUUUACGCCCUGUGCGCAACAGCUGUAGUAAUUUUGAUGCCUGGUCUGAGUGGUGUCUUGAUGAUUGGAGUUCCCAUCUACAGCAUUCUGUUGGUUACAAUGGCAUGGAGAGCUAUUGCUAGAGUACAGUUCUUUGAGGAGCUUUGGACUUGGACAAAAUUAUGCUCAUGUGCUGGGGGCAUUGUAUUUGCUAUUUCUGAUGCACUGAUUGGAUUCCAUCACUUUCACCAUCCAAUUCCACAUUCUCAGGCCUUGAUAAUGAUUACGUAUUAUGCAGCUCAGCUGGGAAUAGCUCUCAGCGUUGUAGAUUCGAAGGACAGUUAUGAUAAAACUAAGACUAUUACUUCAAGUGAACCAGCAAAUACAAAAAUCAGGAUAGCAAUUCCACAGAGCUCAUCAUCUCACUGAUAGUAGGUAGUGGACUAACUGGUGGAGCAAUGUGGAACUCUGCAGAUGCUGAGCUUCAACAGCAGAUUACAAUAUCCAUGGUUAAUUACUUGAAGAGAUCUGUCAGAAGAUUCCUUUUUAAAUGUGGUGUUUACACAUUUUGAAAGGAAAAACUGAAGAAAUUUCAUUGUAACCAGUUUAUUUAUUUACUCUUAGAGAGUGUUUAAUGUCUUUCUUUAGUAAAUGGUGUUGUUCAUUAUACACACAUUUUUAAGUAAUUUUAUAAUUGUAUAAGGCAUUUGAAUCCUGUAAUUCAUGUUUUUACGGUAUGGUAGAGUAGUAUUAGGAAAAUUCAUGAGAAAAUUCAUAAAAAAGUGGCAUCAAAGGUGCAGUUGCCUUAAAUAAACAACAUACUGCACAAUGAAUAAUUGUUGUGCAAAAAGUAAAAAAUGAAGACUGUGGUACAAUUUAAAUUUGUCUUAUUUUAAAAAAUGAGAGGUACUAGAUAAAUAAUGGAACUGAACUGAAAAAAUUGUGGAAAUUACAAAUAAGUCACGUUACAGGUGUCCAUGUCUUUAGAACAUGAUAUUUUAUUAUGAAGUACUGUGCUUGCAAGUAAUAAUACCCAAACUAGCUUCGUUACUACACUUUCUCUUUGUUUUUCAUACUGCGUCCACAACUGUACUUAAGUUUUUUUGAAUUUGGAAGCACAUUUUUGUGCAUUGUAUCAUGCUCUCAUGGAAAACUGGCACAAUCCAACAGAUCAAAGAGUAUGAACUAAUUUCUAAAUUGGUUUUGUACUCCAUAAUGCAAUACAGGUUUAUAUAUGUGGUGUCUGUCCUUUUGGUCAUGUCCAAAAGAGGAGGCACCAGUUUGAUCCUGCAGCCACUAUGAAUCAAGAGACAAAGAAAUUAGAUGUGAUUUAUAUCAAUGAGGCAAACUGUAAAUUUGUGCCACACUGGGAUUCAAACCUAUUUCUCCUGAUUUCUAAGAAGAUGCGCUGACCACUACGCCAUCUGGACACAGUGGUUAUCACAGCUGCAUGUACUACUGUAGCAUAAAUUCUGUGAGACCCAAAUUCUCAAGGAUCAAUAGUGUGUGGUAUAAGUUGAGAAUUUGGGUGUGAUGGGAGGCAUGAUAGGAUAUUCCAUGCAGUUAUGGUAGCCACUGUGUCCGGAUGACAUAGUGGUCAUCACAUCUGCUUAGUAAGCAGGAGACCCGAAUUUGAAUCUCCGUGUGGCACAAAUGUUCAACUUGCUCCACUGAUGUAAUUUCAUGCCACUGGGAGCUGAUAUCUUUAAUUCUUUUGUGUCUCAAUACAGGUUUCUUAGAAAACUGUCUUCUUUUAUCAGGCUGUGCUAGAGAUAACCAGUACGGUAAUGAAUCCUUCCAGUGAAAAUUCACACAGUUUUAAAAUCUUUUGUGCAUUUUUUCUGUUUUUAUUUUAUCUGAUUGGUGUGAUUGUAAAUAGUAAAAAAUGGUUACUCAUGCUUUUAGUAUGACAAGCAGUAGGAAAAUUUAAUGAAUGCGAACAGAUGUGCAAGUCACUGUAUUAAAAAAUAAUUGAUUUAAUUUGAAGAAAAUAAUCAUAGAGUUAGAAGUGACAAUUUCUUGAAUAUCAUAAAACUAAUUUUACAAUGAGAUGCCUAGUUUAUUAUCCCAGUUUUGAGAAUAUCUGCUUUAAAUUACUUGACAGACAUUUUUUGUAAGCAAAAUGAAGUUUUUGUGUUUUUAAUUUUUGUUUUAUAUAGGCAGAUAUACCAAAGAAUGCAGUUACAUUGAAAGUUCUGCUUUUUUUUUACAUGUUUCAUAAUGAUUUGUACUUCAUUUUCUUCCACAAAUUUUCAAGUUUGUUGACUUCUACAUUCCAUAUGAUGAAGUGAAUUUGUUAACUUUUGCAUUCUAUAAGGUGAAGUGCAAAAAUGUAAUGUGGGUGAGAUUAAGUCAAUAUGUAAGACAUCUUCUGGCAGAGACAAAUAACAAAUCAAUUUUUAGACUAAAAUACACAAGUAAAGUCAUUUUCAUGUGUGUAUUACAACUGUAUUCAAUAAUUGUUGUUAUACAGCACAGUUACUUCAGACUUUUACAUUAUUUACUUUUGAUAGGAACUGAACAACUCAGUAUCAAACACAUUACAGAGAUUCUUGAAGUGCUUGAACCCACCUAGAAUGUACAAUUUAAAAAAGUCUCAUUUACAUGAAAUAAAAAGCAUAUCAAAUGUAUGUGAUACAAUAUUAGACUGUGUAAAAUUAGAAUUUUGAUAUUUUAUUCAUCUGAGUACUAUGUAACAAAUUUUUAAAUGCCCGUGUGCAAUCAUCACAUGCAGAAAUAAAAUAGUAGACAUAUACAUAUAAUCUGUACUAUGUAACUCACAAUUAUGUUUUUUACUUGCUUGUGUACUAUGUUUAAAGUUACCUAUGGUAUGUAACUUUAGAGUUGGCUUUAAUACUUUGCAUACAUUGAUAUUCCCAGUGUCUUACCAUGGAGAGAAAAUAAAUAGUUAAAUUUGUGAAGUGCAGUCACCAUUGGUGGAAAGAAGGGGCAGGGGGAAUGAAUAAAUCAACACAAAAUAAUUUUGUUGUAAAAACAUUGUGAUUUCGUAAAUGUAGUGUUCACUGAUAACUCUGUAAUAUUCGUGCGCUAUAAAUAGUAGCGUUGUCAUUUUAUAAUAUUUAAUGUAAUAUUGUUAGAAACAUGUUUAGACACUGAGUUUCAGCCCAAGCAAGCAAGACAAUAGCUAUGGAUGUACCAAAGAAACUCUCAUGGAAUUCAUCUGUGGAAAUAUUAGAAAAAUGUAGACAAGAAUGAGCACAUUGAGAUAUACUAUUUCAUAACAACUGUAGUGUUCCUUGGUUAAAGUUUUAAACUCACUAUAUUAAAAAAGUUUAAUGAUAUAUUAGAUGCUCUACAUAAAUGUACUUAGGCAGAUUAUAAAAUGAAGUUGAUGAUAAAAUAGGCGAAUAUCAGGCAGGUUUCCACAAAGGAAGCUAUUUUUUCAAGCAAAUUUUCUACCACAACUAAUAAAUCACAUAAAAUGAUGCCAGAACAAGACUAUGCACAUGGAAUUAUUUUCAGUGAA